CAAAAGAAUUUGAUUACUGCAACAUGAAAUCACGGCGACAGAAUGUGUCCGUGGCUCGACAAACCAUCCUUGGACGCGACGAAAACUUUGAACCAAUCCCAAUUGAUCUCGUUAUCGAGAUAUUCUCAAGGUCGCCUGUGAAGUCUAUAGCAAGAUGUCGUUGCGUAUCAAAGCUUUGGGCCUCCAUACUCCGCCUACCCUAUUUCACGGAGUUGUACUUGACCAAAUCUUGUGCUCGCCCGAGGCUCUUGUUCGCCUGCCAAAAACACAGAGAGUUGUUCUUCUUCUCGACACCUCAGCCUCAUAAUCCUAAUGAGAGCUCGUCUCCUUUAGCUGCCAGUUUUCAUAUGAAAAUUCCCUUUGAUGGUCGCUUUAAUAUUAUCAGUCCUAUCGGUGGCCUUGUCUUUGUUAGAUAUGAACAGAUCUUAAAGGGAAGGAAAACUCCAGAAUUUGUCUCGGCGAUAUGUAACCCUAGCACGGGACAAUCCUUAACCUUACCAAAACCUAAGACAAGGAAGAGGAUUUGGGGUACAAGCCAUUUUGGGUAUGAUCCUAUUGAGAAACAAUUCAAGGUAUUGUCAAUGAAUAUAGGUGAUGGGGUCUAUAAAGAGCAUUAUGUUCUGACAUUAGGAACUGAGAACCUCUCUUGGAGAAGGAUCGAAUGUUCUAUACCCCAUGUUCAUGGUUCUAAAGGGAUAUGCAUCAAUGGUGUUUUGUAUUAUCGAGCAAAGGCUGACAUGUUUUCAGGUACUUUAAUGAUAGUUUGCUUUGAUGUUAGGUUUGAGAAGUUCAGCUAUAUUAAAAUCUUGAAACCUACAACAACUCUGAUUAGCUACAACGGUAAAUUGGCUUCACUAGUGUGGGAAGGGCCUAGUUAUAUUUGUGGAAAACGUUUUGAAAUGUGGGUUUUAGGAGACCCCGAAAAACAUGAAUGGUUGAAGCAUACUUACGAAUUGCGUCCUCGGUGGCAGAAUGUACUUGGAGAGGACUUGUUAAUUUUUGCUGGAAUGACUGGUACAAAUGAAAUUGUGUUGUCGCCAAAGUAUCCAUCUCACCCUUUCUAUGUUUUCUACUACAAUUUGGAGAGGAAUACUAUCAGAAGAGUUGAAAUCCAAGGAAUGGGAGCGUUUAAGGUUAAUGAAGAUUACAUCUUUCUAGACCAUGUAGAGGAUGUGAAGCUUAUAUAA